GCCUGGCGGCCCGCCUGGCCGCGCGCCUGGGCGCCCCGCCCGCCGGGGAGGGCUCCUGGGGGCCGCCCGCGGGGGCGGCGGACCUGGCCGCCGCCGACCGGGCGCUGCCGUGCCUAGGGCGGCUGCUGCCGCUGCUGGCCUCGCUGCCCUGCUUCUGGGCGCUGUUCGAUCAGCAGGGCAGCUCCUGGGUGCUGCAGGCCAGGGCCAUGGACCGCGCCGGGGUGCUGCCGGGCGGCUGGGAGGUCUCCCCCGAGACGAUCCAGAUCUUGAACCCAAUUUUUGUCAUCGUGCUCAUACCCAUGGUGGCGCGCCUCUUCGAGCGAUGGCCUCGCCAGCUUGGGCGCCCGCCGGGGCCCCUCAGCAGGAUAAACGCAGGGAUGCUGGCCGCCGCGCUGGCCUUUGCCUGCUCUGCAGCAGUGCAGGUCCUCGUCGACCGCUCGCCCGCUGGCUCCGUGCCGGUCCUGCUUCAGCUGCCCCAGAUCUUCCUCCUGACCCUGGCGGAAGUGUUGGUCUCGGUGCAGUCGUUGGAUUACUUCUACGGGGCAGCUCCUGCAGAGGCGAAGUCGGUGGUCACUGCCCUCCUCUUCCUGACGAACAGCGCGGGCGGCCUUCUGUGCGGCCUCCUGUACCAGGUACUGUCGCCGCACUUCGGUGCCGCGCAGCUGCUGCUCACUUUCGCGGCGCUUAUGCUCGCUGUGGUCCUGCUGUUCGCCAGGGCAACGGCCCAUGCCGAGGAGGCAGACGGAGGCGGCAGCGGCAGAGCCAACACAGCGCCGCCUUGA